AUGUCCCUUUUGGACUACUGGGAAACCCAGCGUCCGAACCCGAAGCGCAGAAAAACCGCCGCAGAUGACAAGCCCGCCACCUCGAAUACUAAUUCUCCCGGUGACACGGAAAACACCCCGGACUCUUCUGAUGCCCCGCCGGUCAAGAGCUCUGCAAUCGAAGGUGAAGACGACUUCCCUGUCUCGAAUAGCCAGACAGAACUCGAAUCGUCUCUCCCGGCCAUCCAAGAUGACAGCCAAGCCAUCGAGGAAUAUGAAGCUUCAAGGUUGGCUAGCCAGGAGGAGCCGGAUCUUCACCAGAGACUCCAGAAUGGCAAGUGGCGCAAGGGGCGGAGCUCCAUCUAUGUCGAUGCGUUCAACCUAGCACUGGAAACUGUGCUGGAUGAGGAGGCGCACCUGUUCGAUGAGGUGGAGAUGGAAGUCUUCAAACAAUGGCAGGAGCUGGACUAUGAGGCUCAAUACCUAUACGUACGACUUUUCCUUCGAAAGACGUCCGCUUGGCAUCGCAUCAAUCGACUGGGCUACUAUUCGGACAUCGCAGACAUGCCCCGAGUGGUAGCCUCGUUGCGACGCCCUCGCAGCCUUCCGCCCUCGUCGUGUCCGUUAUCCGCGGGUGGUGAAACCCCCGCGGACAUCGACCCGGCCCCUGCGCUACGCUUGACCGGCGAGUUUCGAUUCGCCGAGCACAUGGACCAGAUCACAACCUUAGAGGAAGCUUCUUCUUUGUUGCUUCUUGACGAGCUUAAGACACUCGCGAAAGAGGCCAAGGUGCAGGGCAAGAGUAAGAAUGAGCUCAUCGCGGCUCUACACCGCGCCAGUCAGAAACAGACCGGUCUGGGCUGGAGCCCUAAACCGAGCGAAGCAGAACCCCUGGGUCUCAACCGCGAUGUGCAUUUUAUGCAGAAGAUUUUUGACUAUACGGGCGAUUGUAUCCGAUUGGCAACGGGCCCACUCGCUCUGUUUGAGCGUGUCCAUCUGGUCUUCUACCGCUCCACCGAAUGGACUGAAAAGUCCCUCACCACCAUCAUCCUGGCCAAGAUCUCCCGCAAGACAUUCCCCGCCUACGUCGUUUGCCGGUCCGGCUCAAUCUUCCCGUCCCGCGAAUUCCUUCUGGAGUUCGAAACCGCCUUGCGCAUCCAAUUCCAGAUCGACAACUACCUCGAGUUCAGCGGCACCCCGACGGGAGAACAUCUGAACAAGAUCAAAGACCUCGCGUACAAGGUCUACCCGCGGUGGAAAGUCUUACUGGCGCAGGAACAGCGCAAGGAAGAUACCAUCUAUGAAUACGGCGAAGGGGCGUACCUGCGCCGGUUCUCGCCCGCAUGGGUCUACACGCGGAUCAUCCACAAGGGCCUCCACCCGCUCGGACGCUUCAAGGAACACCAGGAAGAACAUCGACUUCUGACGGAGCUGCUUGAUCAACGCCUGUUCCAUGCCGCCCGGCGGGGGGCCUGGUAUCAGCGCAAAGCCCUGCUCGAGGAACACUACAUGUGGGCCCUCACUGACUUUGAGGGCCGCAGCGAGGAAGUCCAGCGCAAACACUGGCGGCGGAUCGCGCUGCGGACCUGCGAGACGGGUCUCGAGGACCCCAACUGCCACCUGAUCUUCCACUACGAUCUGCAGAAACGGAUCAUGAAGCUUGAGCGCGCGCUGAAGAUCGUCAAGCGCGAGCAGCAUGAUUUCGGGCAUGUGCGGCUGGCGAAGCCCGAGGAGCGGACGAUCGCGGGCAUCCAGAUCGUCGUGCCGGAGGUGGUUGUCUCGGAGACCACCGACUCGCCGUUGGGAAGUAGUAGUAAUAGUAGUAGUAGUAGCACUAGUACUAGCAACAGUACCCGACGAGGCCGUCCCACGGUCUGGGUGGACGAGAGGGAAGGCGGGGAAUGCCGCGUCGAGACCAUGUGUCUGAACUGGUAUCGAGCACAAGGCUGGAAAGGAUACCACUCUGAGGGAGGCAUUGUGAGAACCUUAUUCAGCUACCUCUUCUACGACAUCCUCUUCAACACCUACGUCCCCAACGUCUUCCAAACCCCCUUCCAAACCUCGCCGCUCGAUCUCCACACCGACGCCUUCUACCCCACCCGCGCCAGCGAGAUCAACCACCGCCUCGUCGAGAUCACCAACGGCGCUGCGGAGCGCAUCCUGCGCGAGGUCCACGCGCGCGAGUCCCCGACGCAGACCUGCGCCGUCGGGUUGGACUGGUCCUUUGAGCUGGAGGAUCUCGUCGAGGUGGUGCGGUGUUUUCCGGGCGAGGCGCUGGCGUGCAUCUGCAAGGUGUUGGCGCAGGAGUAUUCCGUGCGUGGGGGUGGGGUGCCGGAUCUGUUGGUUUGGAGGGUGUUUGAUAGGGUGAUGUUUGUGGAGGUCAAGUCGGAGAAUGAUCGGUUGAGUGACACGCAGCGGUUGUGGAUUCAUGUAAUCUCUGGCGCGGGGGUGCGGGUGGAGUUGUGUAAUGCGGUUGCGCGGGAGGUGAGGGUUGCUGGAUCUUGA